UGCCAUUGGUCAGGUCGUCGUCGAGGGGCGGGGCUUCGUCAGCUGUUUGCGGGAUGCCAGAGAGCGGGGGUAUUUUGGAAACAAUACCGCGCGGGCGGCGGCGGAGGCUAAUCUCCUUGCGCGCGCGCCUGCCGCCUGCGCCCCUUCGCCAGGAGAGAUGGAGUCUCCUCAUUAUGUGGAAGAGCUGGAGGACGACGUGUUCCACCCGGAGGACUCAGAGCCUGGUGCUCAGCCAGGGGGCCUGACCUCUCCUGCUCUGUUUGCCCAGAGCCAGCCUGACUAUAUGCUGGAUGGGCUGCAGCUUUUCCCUCUUACCCACUGCUGUGGCCCAGGGCUUCGCUCAGUUGGACAGGAAGACAAGGCCACUCAGACCCUCAGUCCAGCCUCCCCAAGCCAGGGUGUCAUGCUGCCUUGUGGAGUUACCGAAGAACCCCACCGACUCUUUUAUGGCAACGCUGGAUAUCGACUUCCCCUCCCAGCCAAUUUUCCUUCAAGCCUGAGGCUUGGAGCGGAGCCUCCCGAGGAGCAGUGGGAGCAUCGAGCUGAGGUGCAGAUUGCCCGAAAGCUUCAGUGCAUUGCGGACCAAUUCCACAGACUCCACCUGCAACGGCACCAACAGAACCGAAACCAUGUGUGGUGGCAGAUCCUCCUCUUCCUUCACAAUUUGGCCUUGAACAGAGAGGAGAACAGGAAUGGGGCAGGCCCUAGGUGAGACGUUGCUGUCCCUCUCUGUGUGUGGACCACAGGGAGAAUCCCACCCCACGCCUGGAGCAGGACACCGGGGAGAACUCCAGGAAAACUGGCACUGUGUCUUGUGAAGUUAUUUUUAUUAUUAUUAUUUUGACAUUUUUUGUCUGUUUGUUUCUGGGAUUUUGUUUGUUUGUUUUACUAUCUUUAUGUACAUAAGACCAACUCAAGAAGGGACAUUUGUUCUGCUCCCAGCCAUCCCCCAGGCUGGGAAGCCUUGGUCAAACACUGUUGAAGGAAAAGCUGGUGUAGCUGUGUUGAUGAGACCUUCUGCUGGCUCCUGGCAAAUGGACCUUUGAGGCAGCGGGUGCUGAAGAUGCCUUUCUGGGAAGGAAGGACAGUGCUGACUAAUGAAGAAAGAGCUGGGUUUGACUCCUCCCCGCUCACAAGAACCACCUCUUCUCCGAGGCUGUUGUUGGGCAUCCAUUCUUGCCCAAGCUCGGAGAUUGGGUUUGUGUGAGAAAAAACAAACCAGAUGUGCUGACAUCAGCCCUGGGUGGGUCACCUUGCCCAGCUUCUCCUGAUUCCCUUCCCAACAGCUCCUUACUGCAGAUUGUGGCUGUGAAUUUUUUCCCUCAGAGUGAAGAGAAAAUAGGUUUGCUGAGCCUAGUGCAGACCAGUGCUGGAUGGUAGCACUGCUCUGGACACUAUCAUUUAAGUGUAAAGGAAAUUUACUCACUAUGGGCUUCCAUCUUGGACAUACAGCCACCAGGCACUAAAGGGUUAGUUAGCAAGUUCAUCAGUCAUUGACAAAUCCAGGUUCCACCCUGACCAGUGGCAGCCCCGAGGAUAUAAUCCCACGUAUAAUUGCCUCAGGAUUUCUAGUAUCCCUCUCAAGGACUGGGGGGCGGGUGGGUAAGGCUACUGUGGCAUUCCCAGGAGUCAAAUUGGACCCACAGCCACAGGAAACUGCUACCGAAUGAACCAAACUUAUAAGCCGACUUUGGAUCUGAUUUGGCAGUGAAUUAGCCAGAAUUGAUAAGAACAUUUUCUUUGAGGGACUAGAGUCAGUCAAAAGCAAAUUGACCUUCAUCUUGAAAUAAGUGGAGUGGUCAGUCAGCUUAUUGCAUCAGCUUCCUUUGUGGGGAAGGAAGGGAGAGGGGGAGGACUGUCAGCUUCUUUUUGGAAAGCUACCCUAUUGGUAAAGGAGAGCCCUGGUUGGAAAUUCUUGUUAUCUGAGGCACUAGACAGGUGGCCCAUUUUUUUUAGUGAGAAAGAAGUUUCAUGCCUUUCAGAAGGUGAAAUUCCUGUUUCUGUGGAAUUUUCCAUCAUUCUUUGUACCUAAUGCUAGGUGGGAAAAAGCAAGGCAUUAGGGGUUGGAGUGGCUAGUGGCUUUUAUCUGCCAAACUGUGGUUUUUAUUGUUCUUGUUGGGGUUUAUUUUUUAGGGGAAGGGACAAAAGAUGGAGCUGAGUUCAAGGCCGUGUUUCAGGGGCUCCUUGUUUUUUUCCAGCUUCCCCUGGGUAUAAAUCUUCUGUAUUUGUCCAUCUCUUUCUCUCCUCGUCCCCACCAAAGAAAACAAUCAGAGUGACUGCCUGGCAUCUCUUGAGAGAGGUCUAGUUUGGAGAGGGAACAGGAAACACAUUAAUCAACUAUUUAGAAUUUAAAUUAUACUUUGGGGAAAAUAAAUCUCUAAGAAGGAAAACCAUUUGGUGCUAAAGGAGCAUGGUUCGUGGAAGAUGUUCCCAUUAGAGAAGGCUCCCAUCAGAAAUGGAAGAUGAGCUGCUCUCUGUCUCCACUUUCAGCGCCAGAUCACCCUCAGGACUAGUGGGGUUGAGGGAGACGGUAGGUAAUUAGUCCUUUGAGCGGAGGGAGUCGGUCUCUGGGGCAGGCUGCUGACUUGAUGCUUUUGUUGAGCCUAAGACCGUGAAGCUCCCUGGCUUUUGCUCCCUUCUGCUUGGAUUUGAUGGUGUCUCAUCCCAACGUCUACCCUACCAUAGCCUGAAUCUCAUCUCAGGGUACACACUGUAUUUUUUCUGCUAAGAAAGUUAGCUUGUGAUGAACAAAGAGAAAUCUCCUAGGGAAGUGAGUCAGGGGACUGGGAUGCAGGGCUUAUAAAUAAGUGUCUCACAAAUGGACUUCUGGAAGGGUUCUUUCUGCCUGCCCAUCUCUUGACCAACACUACUCUUCCUUUGAAUGUUUCCAGUAUAUUCUGGCAUCUUUUCCCAGGUGUGUCAUGGAUGACGUGCAUCUUCUUCCUUCUGUGUAUCAAGGCCAUAAUGCCGAGUGCUCUGACUAUAGUUUUACAGGCAAUCUAAAUUAACCAGCCUACCCCUAAUCUUCCAUGCUGGAGGGUAGGAAAAAGUGGGGUGGCUUUGUCCUUAUGCCUCAUUUCUACCCGAGGCCCUUAAAACUGGGAUUUGAAGGUUUUAAAAUCCGUACUUUCCUGUCUUGCAGAAGCUUUCCCCUUCUUCACUCUAUCCCAUAUGUGUGGGAUCAGUGCUUGGUUUCUUGUGGUUUCUCUCUCAAGCUGAGCCAUAGAGUCCUGGUGACUGGAGCAGGGGCUGCUCACGCCACAGCAGGCACUCCCACCCCCAUCCCAACUCUUCACCGACCGACUCCCUGAAUUCACCCUACCCAGCCCACCCUCCUCUACAACCUCUCUUUCUCCCCCCUCCCACCCCCAAAUUGCUAGCCGAUGUGAGGUCAGGAACUGAGUCCUCAGGCAAGACUGGGCAAAAUUUUAAAACGAAAUGGAGGGGACUGGGGAGGGUGGUGGUGGUGGUGGAAAGGGCUGAUUUUGUGUUGUUUAGGAUUCUGUUCCUUGCUUUUCCCACCUCCUGCUGUGUGAAAAGGCUGGAAUGGUUCCUAGGUCAGGCCCCUGAGACACUCCCUUCCCCCAGUGGCCUGGCUGCCUCCUGGGGUGAGGAGGUGGAAGGGGAGCAAGGCAGAGAAGUGACCUGUAACCUGCUGAAGGCUGGAAAGAGAGGGGGAGGGAAGGCAGCUUGAGAAGUGACCUGUAACCAGCUGAAGGCCGGAGUAGGGCUCUGAGAGGAGGGCAAAACCAUAUUAUUCAUCUUAGAAUUUUUUCGGGGGGGGGUGUGUGGCAGAGGCAAGCCCCCUUUUCUAUAGCAGAGCAGUCUCCUGGCUCUGGGGAGCCUGGUGUCCCAGAGUUAAAGGGGGUCUGGAGCUGCUGGAAUAGCUCAGCCAGAAGUGGGAGUGGGAUGGUUCCUAUGGCAGCCUGGGGCCAAACUCUGGGACUCCCUUUCUCAGAUGAGUUGGUUGGAUCUGAAAAGAAAGGGGGAGGGGGUGUCUGAAACAUACCCUCCCCUUCUUCCCCCCUGGAUCGGAGAAGCAGAAAUAAGUGUCUGUGUGAGCCUCCCACUCUUGGGUCUCUAGGGAGUUGACCUCUCUGCAGCCUCCUAGUCUUGCUCAAUCCAAAGUGGAAAAAAAUCACCUCCCAAUGACCUACAAACCAGUCCCCUAGAGGUGUCUGUUUGUGUUCAGAGCAGACAACUGUGGCUUCUAAGCACUGGGAGGACACAGUGCAACCCCACUGGCCUGUUGCAGCCACCAGAACUCUUCCCCGGCCCCAUUCCGUUGAAUGCACUGGAAUAUGUGUUGUGUGUAUGUGUGUAUGUGUGUACAUAUAUGUGAGAAAGGGACACAGACAGACUUGGUGCUCCUGCCAGCUGUCAGGGAAGGGUCUGGCCCUUCACUAUGGCUACUUUCUGGGAAGUGAGAAUUAGGAAAGCCAUUUCUAUGCCUUUAGUUUCAUGAGAUUUGCUGCCUUUAGGGGGAGUUGUUUAUUUUUUUAAUUGGGGGAAGAGUAAGAAGAAAUGGGAAAGGGAUGGCUUAGGGCACAUGUCUGAUGUUUGCUGCAAAUCCUGUUAGAAGGGCUGCCCUGGAACUUCCUUGAGUCAGGGCGGACAGGGUAGGAUCCCAGUUCUCAGGAGGAUAGGAGGGAGGUGGUUUGAAUCUCCCUCCAUCCCUCUGAGGGCCUUAAGACAGUUUGUUCCCUAUGUAGGGCCCUCUGGAUUCCCAGGCACCGGGAGUGGCAGUGGGUAUUUAGGAUUGGAUGGGGGCUGCAACUCUAGCAGCUUCCCAGAGCCUUCCCUCGUGGAUGUGACUGACUUCCUCGUUCGCUUCGAAUGCCAUGGUUUUGCUGCUUCCCGGGCUGUUUGCCCACUCUGGGCAGAGGUUUUUUAACUGGUGCUGGCCCCUUGGUGCUCAGUGCCCCCUGGAGAUAGCAGGCCCUGGGGCACAUGCUCCACACAGCCUCUCUCCACGGCGGGCAGACCUCAUCUGCUCGAGCCGAAGGGCCCUUGCUCUCAGAAGCUGGCCAGCUGAGUAACCUCCUGCCUUUCCCCUCUUCCUUCCCCCUCAGUCCACACCAACGAGGCUGUCCCCACGAGGCACGGGCCCCAUUUCUCUGCUGUGGAUGGAGACCCAGUGAGAAUGUAGCAUUUUGUUCCCCUGCUGAUGGAUCUCCAGGACUCUGCCCUUUGCCUCCUGGGACUUGGCAGGGGAAGAGAGGGAGAGAAGGGGAAUAGGGGAGGGGAAUUGGGGGAAGAGGGCCUGUUUUGUAUCUGUACAGUAUACUGGGCUUUAUGUUCUUCUCAUGCAUAUAUAUAUGUGUAUAUAUAUGGAGUCUUUUUUCAACAACUGGUACAAUUUUUAAUAAAAUCAUUUAAAGCAAGGA